AUGCAAGAACUCGCCUCUUGUCCCCCGGCCUUUGUCGAGAGGAAGAAAAAGAUUCUCGACCAACUCGCAAUUCCUGAUACCGAGUACACAGAUGCUUCGCCAAAAGGCUCUGUAGACGAGGGGAUCCGUGAUCUUAUUGAUGAAAUCAAUCAGCAGUCAGGAUUCGUCACUACUAGCAGCUGUGCAGGGCGUGUUAGUGUAUUCCUCGAGGGACGAAGAGUUGCUGAGGCCGAAGGCGAGGAUGAGCGAGUAGCGGGAGUUGGUGGAAAGGGUGCUGGAGGAGCCUGGUUGUUUGUUUCUCACGAUCCCAUACCUGAUAAAGAUGAUGGAGUCACGGACUGGAGCAGCCAGUUUGGUCUUGAAAAUUCUACUGCGGCUCAAAAUGCAGCUCCAACGGUCAAAGAGAGAAGACUUGUCCAUUUCAAGUUUGAAGCAAUGAUCCUCCACGUUCUCACAGCAUCUCCUGAGCAUGCUCAAAUACUUCUACGAUGCGGGUUGCAGGCAGGCUUCCGAGAAUCGGGAGCUCUUAACAUUGUCCCCAGCGGCAAAGAUGCUACUACUCCCAUGGUUGCUAUACGGACAAUGGGCCUCGCCUUCGAGUCACUCAUCGGACAGCAGGUUGACGGCCAUCGACAACGGAUAGUCUCCCCUGAAUACCUUCAGACACUUGUGGAUAUUGCAAACGAGCGCUUUGACGAGAACAAGAAGCGUAUCGAGCGUUUCCAGAACGCCUUCCGGGAUGCCGUUUCUGCACCAGCGCCGCGUCGAAACCCAGAGGGACAAGAGUGGGAAGAUGCCGCGGCGAGACGGGAAAGGAAACGUGCGGAGGGCCUGCGGAAGAAAGCUGAGCUGAAAGCCAAGCAAGAAGCAAACACAAAUGAUGGAAAUGAGCUCAGUGACAGAGAAGGGGAAGAACAGGCGGGCCUGCUCUUUUGA